UAUCAUUGUUGGCUGGUAAUUUCUUGUUAUUUGCUUACUCAAAUUGCUAAAACGAUGCCACAACUUCUAUUUUUUGUUUGUUUCAGAGAUGAGUCAGAGCUUAUACAAAGAAUUGUGAUGGAAAUCUCCACUCACCUAGACCGAACACUUUUGCAUGUUGCUAUGCAUCCGGUUGGGAUAGAUUCCCGAGUGGUUAAGUUGAAAUCGAUGUUAAACCUUGAGUCUGAUGAGGAUGUUCUCAUGGUGGGAUUAUGGGGACAGGGAGGCAUAGGAAAGACGACUUUAGCCAAAGCCAUUUAUAAUGAUAUUUUCAAUCAAUUCGGGAAUUCAUGUUUUUUGGCGAAUGUUCGAGAAGUUUCAAAAGAUUGCAAGGAUUUGGUUACUUUGCAAGAAAAAUUACUAUUUGAGAUGUUAGCACUGAAAGAAAGAUUAGUAGUGUCCAAUGUUUAUAGAGGUAUUAAUCUAAUACAAGAAAGACUUUGUCACAAAAAAGUUCUCCUCGUCCUUGAUGAUGUGGAUGACUUGCGCCAGUUACAUGCUUUAGUAGGAGAAGGUAAGUGGCUUCGUAAUGGGAGUAGGAUCAUUGUUACUACAAGAGAUAUCCAUUUGCUAACUUAUCUCGGGAUAGAUGAAGAUCAUGUGUACAAAGUUAGAGAACUGGAUGACAGUGAUGCUCGAGAGCUAUUUAGUAAGCAUGCUUUUCCAACACACCAAAAAUUUAAAAUCAGGACAGAUCUAGUGGAUAGUGUUCUAAAUCAUGCUAAAGGCCUUCCUUUAGCACUUGAGGUGCUAGGUUCCUUCUUACGUGGUAGAAGAGAAUAUGAAUGGGAAAGUGCACUAGAUGAAAUUUCUACGGCUCCUAAAAAAUGCAUCAAUGAUGUGCUCAAAAUAAGUUAUGGUGGACUAGAGCCAAAAGUAAAAGAGAUCUUUCUCCACAUUGCCUGCUUUUUUAAGGGGUGGGAUAGUGAGUAUGUAAAGAAAGUUCUCGACAGUUGCGAUUUUAAGGCAGUAAUAGGAUUACAAAUUCUUAUGGAGAGGUCCUUGAUAAGAACUGAGUCCGGGAACAUACAAAUGCAUGACUUGAUUCAAUUGAUGGGUAUGGAUAUUGUGAACCAAGAAAGCGAUGAUCCUGGGAGACGCAGCAGACUAUGGCUACAUGAUGACUUUGUCGAUGUUCUAUCAAGCGACAUGGAAAAUUGUGCUAUAAAAGCCAUAGUGUUUGAGCUACCUGAGCCGACAGAGAUAUGUAUCGGUCCUGAUGCUUUUACAAAAAUGAGAAGGUUGAGAUUGCUCAUUUUGCGCAAUGUGCAUAAUUCUUUCCGAGGUCCUAUAUUUCUUCCAAAUGAGCUAAGAUGGUUUCGAUGGGCUGGAUAUGCUCCUCGGAUUCCAGAAUUUUCCUCCGGUCGAAAGAAAUUAGUGGGACUUGAUAUGAGCAAUUGUAGUAUUACAAUAAUGCCAAAUCAGUUCAAGGACUUCCAAAACUUGAAGUACAUUAAAUUUAAUCACUGCGAGUCGCUGGCUUGCACACACGACCUCUCAUGUACUCCAAAUCUCGAGGAAUUGUAUCUCUAUAAUUGCAAAAACUUGGUGGAAGCCCACGAGUCCAUAGCAUAUCAUGACAAGCUACAGGUGUUGGAUAUAGAGAUGUGCUCUGAACUUACUGUUUUUCCAAAUGUGCUCAAGUCAAAAAACCUUCGAGCUCUCCACCUUGAAAAUUGCACAAAAUUUGAAAGGUUCCCUGAUAUUCCACAUAAACUUGAAGGGUUAAAAGAGCUUCGGUUAGGAGAGACCGCUAUUAAAGAACUUCCUGCAUCAAUAGAUAAUCUUGUUUAUUUGGAGAAAAUGGAUUUAAGUAGUUGUAAGAACUUAGUAAGUCUUCCGUCUAGCAUCUACAAGUUACAAAACCUUGACCGCUUGCAACUUGAGGAUUGCACAAAUUUAAUUGGGUUUCCAAAGUAUGAGGAUUCGGCUUAUCCGUGCAUGAAGACUGGACUUUCAAAUUUACACAGUUUAUGGCUUACGGGAUGUAAUUUGUCUGACGUAAAGUUUCUUCAGAAUCUUUCCUGUUUUCCCUUCUUGACAUCAUUAAUUCUGUCGAGAAACAAUAUUACUAGCCUUCCUACAUCCAUCAAUAAACGUGAUAGUUUGUACUAUUUGAAUGUCCAAGAGUGCCAUCACUUACGGGAGAUUCCCAAGCUUCCACCAUAUUUGGAGACUCUUCGGGCAGAUAACUGUGAAUCUCUGCAAAAUUGUAGAGAUUUAACUUCAGUUCAUGAUUUUGUUCGUAGAGGGUUGACCAAGGCUGAUAUUUCCUUACCUAAUCGGGUUAGAUUCUCUCUCUCUCUCUCUCUCUCCAUGUGGAGUAUAUGCUGGAUCCAAUGUUUGCUUGUAUAUUGCAAUAGCAGAAAAUGCAAGAUUGGAGGCUUAAGAAAAACAAACAAAUAUAAAGAUCCUGAAUACUGUAUUCUUCUCCCUCGAGGAGAGAUGCCAGAGUGGGUCCUCCCUGUUGAAGAGGGUUCCGUAUCUUUCAUGGUUUCAAAAGACUUGUAUGACAAGAUUCUUGGAUUUGUUCUCUGUGUUGCUCUCGGUAAGGAUAAUGAGGAAAAGGGAUGGGAAGACUCAUAUCAUUUGGUUUCCCAUGUUAAUGAUGAAAUGCGGAAGCGUAGAUACCAUCUCCAUCCGUUGGAGUUGGAUCAUAUCCAGCUUCAUUAUCUCAUACCAUCAAAGUUGUGGGGAGUAGUUGAUUUUGGUCAAAUUGAUGAGAGUCAUGUACAAUUUAGUUUAACAGUAUUCGGUAAAUCCGUGAAAAGGUGGGGAUUCCGAAUAAUAUGCAAUCAACUAGAGGACGAUCUAAAGGUUGAGAUUCAAGACAAUCAGCUAAUCGAUCCAGCUUUCCUCUAUGAGGUUGGUCAUGACUCGACAAAUCCAGAAGCCAAGAGUUCACAUAUGCACAAAGACAGUCCGAUCGAACCAGAUCUACAAAAGGACUUGCAAGAUUGUCAAAUGAGUACCGAGAAACACAGUCAAAUAGUAUCAAAGAGAGAUCAGAAGCUUGUUCUCACUCAAGGCAUGCGAACCAAGACUACGUUGACUUCCAAUUCGACCAGCAGAGAUGAGAAUGGUGGUGUUGGCUUGCAGCUUUUGUUGCUAGAAUGA